CUAAUUAACACAAUAAUAAAUUAGUGUGCUACUACGGGUCUAGCUCUAACUUGGACCUGUGAAUCCUAUCUCGUACUAUGACUCCUAGUAUACUUGUCUGUAUCUAUGGCACUUUACAAAUCUUAAAGCAGGCGAUGGCCGCACGAGCGGCAGCGGAGGCGCGCGCGGGUGCGGCGCGCAUGGCGGCGUGGCGGGCUCAUUCUUACGCCGCGGACGAGGCGGGCGCGGCCGCCGCGCUGCGCCUUGAUGCGGCGCGCCGCCCCGUGCGCCGUGCGCCUGAUGAACUGCUCGUGAGAGUGCAUGCGUCUUCUAUAAACCCUAUUGAUCUCGCCAUGAUCCGGGGUUACGGCUCGCGCGUGUUUAACGCCUGGCGAGCACUUGAAGGAAGCGAAGGAUUGGAGUUCCCGCUAACGCCGGGGCGUGACUUCGUGGGCACGGUGGUAGGCGCCGCGCCGGACGCCGCACUCGCCCCGGGGGCCCGCGUGUGGGGCGUGCUGCCGCCGCACAGAGUAGGGGCGCACGCGGAAUACGUGCUCGCGAAAAGUUCUUGGGUGAGCUCGGCACCAGAAAACCUAGACGACCUCCAAGCUGGCGGCGCUCUGUACGGAGCACUAACCGCAUGCGCGGCGCUGCGGGUGGCGGGGUUGGCGCCCGGCGGGGAGGGGGGGAAGCGGGUGCUGGUGCUAGGGCUGGGCGGCGUCGGACACGCGGCCGUGCAGCUGCUAGUGAGAGACAGACAUCAUGUGGUGGUGAGCUGUGCCAGCGAGCAAGCAGAAGCAGCGCGUGCGCUGGGGGCGGAGCCCCUCGACCGCCGCCAGGAGGAUUAUGCUGACCGUCUGCAACAGGCUGCCCCAUUCGACGUGGUAAUAGACUGCGCAGGGCAGGGCGGCGCGGGCGCUGCGAAGCUCCCUUGUACGUUCGGCGCGUACGUUACACUGACGUCGCCUCUGCUGCGCAAAACGGACGCCAACGGGCUGCUACCAGGCACCGUAGCGGCUGCGGCUGACCUGAUACAGCAGAAUUUAGCCGUCAGAGAUCCCGUGCGCUGGGCGUUCUUCUCGCCGCGCGCGGACGACAUCGAAUUGUUACGCCGCCGCGCCGAACGGGAACAGUUCUCUGUGGCCGUGGAGCAAGUAUGGAGCUGGCGCGACGCAGGCGCGGCGUACGCGCGCGCGGCGCAGGGGCAUGCGCGCGGCAAACUGCUGCUAGACUUUGCCGCGCCGUAACCGCUUCACGAGGCGGCACGGCAUUUUCGCUGAACGGCCUGCGCCAGCAUGCCUGCAAUGACCAAGUGUGGCUAUGUCAUCUUAAUGUCAAAUGUCUACGCAAAUAUAGCGUUUAUAGGGAACGUGCAUUAAGUAUAGGGGGCAGCACUAGAGCCGACUAAAGCGACACUGUGCGGAUUAAAUGGAACGUUAGCACUAUUCUGUCAAACUAUCACAACAGAUGUUUCAAACGGAUAAAUACGAGAAAAAAUGUUAAAACAAUAAAAUACGGCUUUCUUCCGAUAAAAAGCGACCUCGAGCGUUGCCAGAUUACCUUUGUCUUACUACAACUAUGUACUGCUACUACUAACCUACUACUUUACCCUUACCCCUUUUACCCCUUACCCUUACCCUUUUUAUUCUUUUUUAGGGUUCCGUACCCAAAGGGUAAAACGGGACCCUAUUACUAAGACUUCGCUGUCCGUCCGUCCGUCCGUCCGUCUGUCACCAGGCUGUAUCUCACGGUUCGUAUCCACCAGACAUAUCUAGACAGUUGAAAUUUUCACAGAUGAUGUAUUUCUGUUGCCGCUAUAACAACAAAUACUAAAAACAGAAUAAAAUAAAGAUGCUCCCAUACAGCAAACGUGAUUUUUGACCAAAGUUAAGCAACGUCGGGCGUGGUCAGUACUUGGAUGGGUGACCGUUUUCUUUUUGCAUUUUAUCCUUUUUUUAUUUUUUGCUUUAUGGUACGGAACCCUUCGUGCGCGAGUCCGACUCGCACUUGCCCGGUUUUUUUACCCUUUUUUUACUUUAAUACUAAAACGUAAAAGAAAAGGAUGUGUAUAGUUUUUUUUUUUACUGACAUAUUUGGUUUGGCCAACCUAUAUAUUAUUAUACUCUUUGUUGUCAAUGACAAAUAGCGCGUGGUUCCGAUUAUGGCCACCAGGUGGCAGACUCUCCAACGCGCACGUUCCCUAUAGUGACCCUUCCUCACUUUGUUUUGUUCAAAUCAGUGCAAAGUUAGCUAAGGCUGGUAUUCCACUUGUCCAAUAUAUUUGUCCAUUGUGUAUUUGCGUCUCACAUUUUGCUUAAUGAGAGAGUGAGACGCAAUGCACAUUGGACAAAUGGAAUACCACCUAGACGGAAUCUACUUGCACCAACUUGCAACACAGCUCGUGUUGUAAGUUGGUGUGAGAACGUAGGUAUUCUGUGACGUCACUAAUGAUACCGUCUCUUUUUAAUGAGUUAUUUUAUUAUUUUAAAAUGCGCAAAUUUAAUGCGCAGAAAGAUGUCUGUUCUUGUUUUUUCAGUGUAUUUGUUAUUUUGUUUGAAUUAUUUAUCCAUAAGAAACAACACUACUGGAGAAAAGAAUUGAAACUUGUUCAGCUUUAAAAUACCUACAGUUAGCGUCGGUUGCACCAAACUGUUACGAACGUUAAAGAGUUCGCUAAAUUUUUAUGUAUGGAAAGUUUCAUAGUAAAGGCGCGGGGCGCGCCGGCUGACGAUGAUCAGUCUGUCAAAUGUGGUUGGUGCAACUGGCACUUAUAGGGUCGGUUGCACCAAACCGUUCGUAUCGUUAAAGAGUUCGCUAAAUUUUUAUGUAUGGAAAGUUUCAUAGUAAAGCAUCGGGGCGCGCCGGCUGACGUUGAUCAGUCUGUCAAAUGUGGUUGGUGCAACUGGCCCUUAGCACCAGUUGCACCAUCCACACUUGACAGACUGAUCAAUGGCAAUCAGCUAUAUAUUAUGAAACUUCCCAUACAAUAAAAUUUAGCGAACACUUUAACAGUGACAGACUGUUUGGUGCAACUGGCCCUUAGUCGUGUUAUCCUGUAGCCGCCCAGAGGCCUAUAAAAAGGUCUCCCGUUCCAUUCUGAUAUGAAUCAGUAUUUUGACAAUUCAAAAUUGCAUUUGUCUUGGCAAGUUUUGACGUGUGGCCCGGCUAGAGGAUAUACCUAAAUAAGGAAGACUUUAACGUGGUUAAGUAGAUUUAUUUUUAAAUUUUCAAUUAAAAAACUAAAAUAAAAACCGGGUAGAUACUUGUAUGUAUCGUGAAAUGAAAUUAUUUUUUCUACCCUCCCUUUGUUGUAUUUUCUUCAACAAUACUAACAUUUACAUUAAAGCAAGUGACAUUUGAUGAAGUGGAACUGCUGAUGAUGACCAGAACGGAACUCCUCAACGGCAAGUUUUUUACCUCUAGGAGCUUAAUUAUUGUAACCUUUAAACCAGCAAUUCUUGUUUAUUUAUUUAUAUGUAGGUAUAUUUAUUUUUAUAUAUAUUACUGGGAUCUCGGAAUCAGCUCUAACGAUUUCGGUGAAAUUUGCUAUUUCAGGGGCGAUAAACCGAUCUAGCUAGGUCUUAUCUCUGGGAAAAUGUAAAUUUAUGAGUUUUCAUAUGUCUUCCGAGUAAAGCUCGGUCUCCCAGAUUUUUUAAUUGUUAUGAGAUGCACUAUAGUGUCUAUAGUUGCUGUACCUACUUAAAUAAUUUAUAUGGCAUUUCAAACUGUUUUGUGCAUGAAAUCGGUUUUUUCCAUUAUUAUUACAAAUAUAAAAUGUUUAUUUCAAGCAAUAUGGCCCAUAAAAGGUUUAAAACAUAAAAUAAAAUAUUAAAAUUAAAAUACAUAGGUAGGUACUUAUUUAAUUUAAAAUAAAAUAUUACUAAAAGUUAAUUAACUUAUGGGAAAAA